AUGCAAAAUUCCAAAAAAGGAUUUCUUCCUUUUAGACAUGGAAUUACUUUAUCAAAGGAUCAGUCACCCAAAACAAUUGAUGAGAUAGAGAGAGUGAAAGUUAUCCCUUAUGCAUCUAUUGUAGGGAGUCUCACGUAUGCUAUGUUAUGUACUAGACCGGAUAUCUGCUUUGUUGUUGGCAUGGUUAGUAGAUUUCAGUCUAAUCCUGGGAAAGAACAUUGGACAGCAGUUAAGCAUAUAAUCAAGUACCUGAAAAGGACUAGAAAUUACAUGCUUGUUUUCCAUCCUGGAAAUAUUGUACCUAUUGGGUAUACAAAUUCAGAUUUCCAGUCAGAUAGAGAUUCAAGAAAGUCAACCUCAGGAUAUGUAUUUACUCUGGGAGGUGGAGCCGUAAUAUGGAGGAGUAUCAAGGAAUCUUGGGUUGCUGAUUCCACCAUGGAAGUUGAAUAUGUAGCUGCCUCUGAGGUGGCCAAGGAGGUUGUUUGGCUCGGAAACUUCCUGAAAGAAUUUGGUGUGGUUCCUUCGGUUGAAGCACCAAUCACACUUUAUUGUGAUAAUAGUGGUGCAGUUGCUAACUCGAAAGAACCGCGAAGCCAUAAAAUGAGUAAGCACAUUGAGAGGAAAUAUCAUUUGAUUCGUGUUAUAACUCAAAGGGGUGAUGUGAGAGUAUUGAAAAUUGAAUCAAAGAACAAUUUGGCGGACCCAUUUACAAAAGGCUUACCUCAGAAAACUUUUGAUAAGCAUGUGGAAGAAAUGGGUGUUAAAAUUGUGAAUGCAUGGUUAUAA